AUGAUACAGCUCUUAAAAAGUGACAGUACAGCACCAAGUAAAGAAGACGAGCUUCUCGUGUUCCUGAACCAGUCAACAGAAUUCUGCAACCAUUUUGAGGACAGCUAUUGGUAUUGCUACAUCGUGCUGGUGCUCUUUGCUUUCACUGUUCCAGUGGGACUCCUGGGAAACCUAGCAGUGCUCAUCAACCACACCUGCUUUAGGAAAACCUCAAGCUCCAGCAACAUUUUCCUGCUUAACCUGACUCUGUGCGACUCAGCGUGGAUCCUCACACUGCCCUUCUCCCUCUACGUUACCUUGAGGAGGCCCCACAUCACAAACAUACAGAUCUUCUGUCAGUUCAAGAAGUCCUCCUUCAACAUCAACAUAUAUGGCAGCAUCCUCUUCCUGACUCUAAUCAGUUUCGACCGCUUCGUUGGCACAGUGCACCCGAUCAGUUCUCUUCGUUGGUGGAAUGCGGGCAAAGCCAAACUGUGCUCCUUCUGCGUGUGGGUGCUGGUCGUCCUUAGCUCCAUUCCUGACUUAUUUCUAACUUUUGCUAUUCAGCCCACAGAAAAUGUCACUGUGUGUGUGGACCAGAUCCAGGAUCCUUUUUACUAUGUCAGAACAACCAUCAUUAUCAGAACAACAAUAGGCUUCCUGCUGCCGUUCACUGUCAUGCUUGCUUUUUACACUAUGACGGUUCGCGUUUUGAGGCGUCUCCCAAGAGGUCAAAGCAACCGAGCGAGAGGAAAGCCCCUACAUCUCCUUACUGCCGCCAUACUCGUCUUUGUUGUCUCCUUUCUGCCCUACCACAUUAUGGCCACCACCAUGGUAUUCAUGAGGAUUUCUAACCUGGUGACCCCCUCCAACACCAAUGUACUCUAUGCUUGCUAUGAGUUUUCUGAAGCCAUGUGCAGUGUAAGCAGCUGCCUGGACCCAGUGCUGUAUAUUCUGGCAGGUGAACAAUUCCAGAGGAAGUUCCUGGCAUGGAGAAGAGGCCAAUACAGGAGGUUCUGCUGCAGAGCCAGCAGGAGGAUUGGGGUAAUUGAGUGA